GGCACCAGCAGCGACUCUCUCCGAGUCCCGAAUAACCUCCCGAGGGACGAGAACAGGCAAAGGACGUCUAUCAGUCCGACAAUCUGGGGUCUCGGUCAAGAACAACAGACUCUUGGGCGAGCGAACAGAUACUCUCUUCCUCACCAACCCUCCUUCAUACCUCUCUCCGACCCAUCUUCCACCAGUCGCAUCCCUAAUCAGCCACAAUGGGUGGACAAAUCAGCAAGAUGAUGGGCAAGAUCUUCGGAUCCAAAGAAAUGCGACUGUUGAUGCUUGGCCUGGACGCAGCCGGAAAGACGACGAUACUGUACAAGUUGAAGCUGAACCAGGAUGUGACAACUAUCCCUACAGUGGGAUUCAACGUCGAGACCGUCACCUAUAAGAAUGUCAAGUUCAAUGUUUGGGAUGUCGGGGGACAGGAUAAGAUUCGGCCUCUUUGGAGACAUUACUUUAGCGGUACACAAGGCCUCAUCUUCGUGAUCGACUCCUCCGAUAAGGUGCGCAUAGACGAGGCGAGACAGGAGUUACACCGGAUCAUCAACGAUCGGGAAAUGAAGGAGUCUUUACUGCUUGUCUUUGCCAACAAGCAGGAUAUUCCAGGAGCAAUGAAACCCCAGGAAGUAACAGACGCCCUCAAGCUCACGCAACUGAAAGACAAAAUUUGGUUCGUCGUACCAAGUUGUGCUACCACAGGUGAAGGACUAUUGGAAGGCUUGGCAUGGCUAUCAAACAACGUCAAAUCCCCCCCAAACGCACCAGUCAAAAAAUAGAUUCCCACGCCUUCACUCUCUACUCCUAGAGCGAAAUCGAGCAACGGCCCCACCACAUCGGAGCAGGCGGGAAUGGAAAAGCAACACGAAAAUCGGCGCAGACGAGGGCAUUUCCUUGUGUUUUUUUGCGCCCUUGUAAUCCUUGAUGCAGCGAGUCCUUUCUCUUUAUACUUACGCAAGGCGGCGAUACCAAACUUUCUUCCUUUUCUUUCUUUUGCGAGCUAGCGGGUCUUUCUAUCGUAUCGUGUCGUGUCGUACCGUACCGUACCGUAUCGAGAUAGAAGGAUUGGCGAAAAUGGCGAGCAA